AUGAAUAAUGAUGUGUCUGGGUUAUCUAUAGAGGACAAGGAAUUCUUAGCCAAAUGUGAAGAAAAACUAAAAGAUAGAUUCACUGAAAAGGAUGAAGAGUUUAUGAAAGUUUUCAAUAGACAACCAUCCAUUCCUCCAAUCAUUGAAAACUUGUGGACACAUAAUUCUGGGCGUAGACAUGACAACAGGAAUAACAGAACACGGCCAUAUGACCGCUAUGGGAAUAGGGAUAGACAAAAUCGAGGCAAUCAUAAUUACAGAAGACGUAAUGACUAUAAUGAUUCCUAUGGACCUCAACGCUCGAGAUAUUCUUAUUAU